AAUUUUGAUAACACGGUCACCUCGAUAACUCAGCCACAAGAGCUCAGCUAUCAGUGGACAAAUUAUCAAGUUUGUCUAUUGGUUCUAAAAAUGUCGCAAGUAUUAAGACCCCCUAAAGAAUUGCACAAAAAAUAUAGUGAAAAGUUAUCAUUUUGUUAUACACCAGUUCAUUCUCAAUUUCAAGAUGGUUACUUAGGUAUCAACGAAUCAUCUGUAUCUGGUAUUUUAGAACUUAACUUUCCAUCAGACGAUCCCGUACAUGUCAAGCAAAUUGAAUAUGUUUUUUGGACAGAAAUUCAUGGAGAAAGGUCUAAAACUCAUAGACAUAAAGAAAUUUUAAUUUGUCAAGAUAUAUGCGUUUGGUGA